AUGGCCAGACUCGCCCCAUUGCUCGCGGCAGCCGCAGCGCUGGCUCUCUGCGUCUCUGCCGCGGGAGAUGCGUCGGUCUUGACGAGCGAAAUCAGCCGCCUCAACAACCAGAGCCUGUUCUGGGGGCCCUACAAGCCGAACCUGUACUUUGGCGUGCGGCCCAGAGUGCCCAAGAGCUUGUCGACGGCCCUCAUGUGGGCGAGGAUGGAGCAAUACACUGACGUCAAGGACGGGCUCCGAUACACCUGCGAGCAAGGGGGGGACAUGCACGGCUACGGCUGGGACGAAUACGAUGCCCGGACUGGCGGCGUGCAAUCUAUUCACGACAAGGGCAACAACAUCGACAUCACCACGUCCUUUGUCAAGGUCCCGGGCGGCAGUCACGGCGGCAGCUGGGCUGUCAGGGUCAAGGGCAGACCCCGAGACGACGCGCCGGAAAACCUGAAGACGACCGUCUACUACUACAUUGCACAGGAGGGCGGCGGCGAGCUUGAGGCCGUGGGCGAGGGCACCGACCUGGGCUUCGAGGGCGAUGUCGCCUUCAAGGGCAGCUCGAAGCCCUUGGGAGACUACAAGAUUGUCGUGACCAAGGGAGACGGCCGCCAUCCGACGAGCGACCAUGAGCUGUCGGCGAGGCGCCGAGGCGACACGACGCUGGUCGGCAGCCAACAAAUCGCCGACGACCUCCUCUGGCAGGGCAAGGCCCUUCUCUACCAACAGAUGCAAAAGGCGUCGGCUUACGUCCAAGAGACGUAUGGCAUCGACGAUGCGCCGCCGCCUUGGCAAGUCUACCGAAUCGACCACAGUCCGGGCAAGGGCAAUGUCCACAUUGUGCAAAAGACGUUUGAGGGGCCCUUUGAGUUUGACGUCAUCUUCUCGUCGGCGUCAGCAGGCAAAGAACUGACGGUCGACGACGUCAGCCGAGAGAUCAAGGGGACCUCUGCAUCCUUUGCCGAGCGCUUCUCGCGCGUCUUCGAUAUCAAGGCGCCGUUCAAGGCCGGCCAGUACAAGGCGUUUGGCAAGAGCAUGUUCUCCAACCUCCUCGGGGGCGUAGGCUACUUUUACGGCGAGCAGCUCAUCGACCGGUCAUAUGCGAACGAGUACGACGAGGAAAACGAGAACUUUUGGGUGGAUGCAGCCGAGGCCAGGGCGCGCAAGGAGCAGAAGCUUGAGGGGCCGUACGAGCUCUUGACCAGCGUCCCGUCGAGGCCGUUUUUCCCGCGCGGGUUCCUGUGGGACGAGGGCUUCCACCUGUUGCCCAUUGCCGACUGGGACCUGGACAUGACGCUCGAGAUUAUCCAGAGCUGGUACAAGACAAUGGACGACGAGGGCUGGAUCCCGAGAGAGCAGAUCCUGGGGGCCGAGGCGCGGAGCAAGGUGCCCGAGGAGUUCCAGGUGCAGUACCCGCACUACGCCAACCCGCCGACGCUUUUCCUCGUCGUCGAGGACGUCAUGGGGCGGCUGCGCAAGGCCAACGGCAGCCAGCCGGCGACGAGGGAGAAGCUCGGGCCGGGCGAGACGCUGUACACGGCACACCUCGACAACGUGGAGCUGGGCGAGGACUAUGUGCGGCGGCUGUAUCCGCUGCUCCGACGGCAGUACGACUGGUUCCGCAAGACACAAAAGGGAGAUAUCAAGUCGUACGACCGCGAGGCGUACUCGACCAAGGAGGCGUACCGGUGGCGAGGCCGGACGGAAAGACACUGCCUAACGAGCGGGCUGGAUGACUAUCCCCGUCCGCAGCCGCCGCAUCCGGGCGAGCUGCACGUGGACCUCAUGUCGUGGGUCGGGCUGAUGACCAAGUCGCUCAUGAGGACGGCGGACGCGCUCGGCAUGUCCGAGGAGGCGGCGGAGCUCAGGCAGAAGCUGGAUGCGAUUGAGCACAACCUCGACGACCUUCAUUGGUCGGACAAGGAAGGGUGCUAUUGCGACGCGACGAUUGACGAGUUUGAGGAGCAUAAGCUGGUCUGCCACAAGGGUUAUGUGUCGCUGUUCCCGUUCCUGGUCGGGCUGAUGAAGCCGGAGGACCCGAAGCUGGGCAGGGUUCUGGAGCUGCUGGGUGACGAGAGCCAGCUCUGGAGCGCGCAUGGCAUCCGCAGCCUGAGUCAACGGGACGAGUUUUACGGCACCGACGAAAACUAUUGGAGGGGUCCGGUGUGGAUGCCGAUGAACUACAUGGCCGUGACGCAGCUUCACAGCAUCGCCACGAGAGACGGCCCUUUUCGAGACAAGGCGCGCGGGCUGUACACGAAGCUGCGCAGGAACCUGGUGGAGACGGUCUACAGGAGCUGGGCGGAGACGGGGUUCGCGUGGGAGCAGUACAACCCCGAGACGGGGGCGGGACAGCGGACGCAGCACUUUACGGGGUGGACGAGCCUGGUGGUCAAGCUGAUGGCCAUGGAGGAAGUGGCCGGGGACGGACGAGACGGACGAGACGGACGAGACGGACGAGACGAGCUGUGA